UUGAAGACGAUCUGAUGAAAAUAAAUAAUGUUAAACGAGAAGAAAUAGAGAUGAGAGUAGAACCAUAUGUAUUGUUUUGGAUAGAGCGCUUGUUUCUCUUUCUACUUAUCAUCUUCCCAACAUACCUCUUAGAUCUUACCAUCCCAAUCAUUCUCUUCACUACUCUUUAUGGAAUACCCUUCUUCUUCCUUUGCCGUAAUCUCUAUUCAGUUGGAUCAUCUGGUAUUGGAGGAAUCUGGCUGUUUAUAUUGGACCGCUCUACGUUUUACUUAACCUUUCAGUAUUAUAAACUAUUGGCUGGAGGCUUUGACCUCACCUUCCUUUGGCGUCUCACCAUUGUCCUCUCCUUCGUGAUCCACUCCAUUUACACCGUCGAGUAUCUCCUUACAUCUCAUCAAACCGUACCACCUACUUCACCUCAAUCUAAGAAUGAUCAUAAGACUCCCGGUGACGUGAGCAAUCAAGUGGAGAAGAUGAAUGAGUUAGUGGAAGAUGGGAAGAAGAUGAUGACAUAUAUGGAGAAUAUGAUCCAUUCAAGUCUUGAAACUCAAAGAAAAGAGUGGGGAGAGUUUCUUGAUGAGUUGAGCAAAGAUGGGAAGAAGACCAUGACGAAAUUGGAUGGUAUGAUAUGCGCACAACUUGGAACUCUGAGAGAAAACAUGCGCCUCAGUGUUGACGAGGUAUGGCAAGAGCUCCGAGAUGAGAUGAGGUCUAAAGUCGACGAGAAUGUCAAAGCUUCACGACAAGAUCUUAACAAAGGUAUCAAAUCUAUGGGCGACCAAGUCCGUGAGACCUACCUUGCCAUCGAAGAAACUAUCAAAGCAGCCAAGGCCCACGAGACUUACCUUAUCGACCAAACAAACAGAAGGGUGAUAAGAGGAGAUGACGUUGAAGGAUUUGCCGAGCUGAGGGAGCAAGUGCAGAGAAUGGCAGUGGAGGCUGAGAUUGCUGCAGAAGAGCUCUCACGUGUAACGGUGGAGUUGGUGGAGGAAGGGAUCCAGCAAUGGGAGGAGGACAACUUCGACUAUCUCGCCUCCCUCCCUCUCACGUAUCUCAAUCGUAAUUAAUUAAUUGUUUCUACCCUUUC